GAUUCCCUACGUCUAACCAGUCCCACCACACCACAGGUUUCAGCGGGGAUCCUCCGCGAGGCGAGCCCUCGGAGACCGGAUCGAGGCGAGCGGGUCGCGGCCAGGGAGACGCAGGCGCAGGUCCACACGCACACACGCGGCCCGUCUCUCCCGCAGGGGCUGGGGAUGAGGGAGCUGGCGCUGCUCUGGGCAGACACCAAGAGAGACGGCCCGGGCAGCCGCGCAGCUUUUGAAGGCUGAAUUCCCUCCUGCAUGGCAGCGCCCAGCUGCCAGCCCCGGCUGCAUCUGCCCGAGCCGCAAAUCGAUGCUGAGGGGAGGAGGGCUCAGCGCGCCAGCACAGGGCUCUCUCUGCAGGGGCUGACAUGCUGCUGAGCCUGAGAAGUUGACAAGCCCGCUCCCCUUCCUGGCUGGAGUGGCGAGGAUGCUGCCGGGCCCCGCGGCCGCCAGCCCAGCCCGCCUGCACGCUGAAGGUGACCAGCCGCAGCAGCAGCGUUUCAGGCUGUGACUGGAGGGGCGAGGGGAGAGAAAAGUGACUCUGGAGCCUUCUUCGGACUCAUCAUCGCCGCGCGGCCGCCGCUGGGGGUGGUGGAAAAUUUUGCCCGCUCCUGCUGGGAUCUGUGUGGCUGGUUUGGCUUGGUGGAUGCGUAUGCAUGAGUUCUGCACCGAAUGGGCGCAAGAAGCGCCCCAGGACCGCUGGCUCCAUCUUCCAGAUCAGCAAGCCCCCCCUGCCCGGCGGCGGCGGGGGGCGCAGGGGCAGAACCCAGCGCGCCCUGGAGGACUGCAAGAUGCUUGUUCAGGAGUUCAACACUCUGGUGGCUCUGUACCGAGAGUUAGUAAUUUCCAUUGGAGACGUCUCUGUCAGUUGUCCAUCUCUACACGCUGAAAUGCACAAGACUAGAACCAAAGGAUGUGAGAUGGCCUAUCAGGCUCAUCAAAAACUAGCAGCAAUCUCUGGCCCAGAAGAUGGAGAGAUUCAUCCUGAAAUCUGUAGACUAUACAUUCAGUUGCAGUGUUGCUUAGAAAUGUACACAACAGAGAUGCUCAAGUCCAUAUGCCUGCUAGGAUCCCUCCAGUUUCAUCGGAAAGGAAAAGAGCCUUGUGCGACACCCAAGGUCAUAGACAGUAAAAUGGAGGAGAAUUCAGAAGUACCUAUUUUAGAAGACACAUCAUCUUCACCAGUAGAUAUUCUACAGCAUUCAUGGCAGGUUUCCACCGAUAUUGAAAACACUGAAAGAGACAUGAGAGAAAUGAAAAACCUUUUAAGCAAACUCAGGGAGACUAUGCCUUUACCAUUGAAAAAUCAAGAUGAUAGCAGCCUCCUUAACCUGACUCCUUAUCCAUUAGUGAGAAGGCGAAAGCGAAGGUUCUUUGGACUGUGCUGCCUUGUCUCAAGCUAAAAGAUUCAGCACAGAAACACCAAGAAAACCAUAACUAUCAUGAAACCAACAUUAUUUGAAAGGAUAAGGUUUGGCCUUUGAAAGGAUAAACCUUACUGCUUGUGAUUAUAAAAUGUUUUCUACACUGCCCUAUUCCUCCUCUCCCUGCCCCUUCUCAAAAAGUUUUACAGUUCAAAGUUGUUAGUCUCAAGAACCAGAAAGGGAACAGAUUUUAACAUGAUUAUGAUUUUUUUUAAAGAUUUUUGUAAUGACAUUCCGCAUGUCAAUUUUAAGUCAUUCGGUGGCUAGAUGCAAGAAUUAUGGUUAUUAGCUCAUCCUAAAGGUUUUAUUAUACAAACCACAACAGAAAUUGUGUAUAGUACAGUACUAUGACUAUAGCUCUUACUAGUAUCACAUUAAUAGAAUAUGAUCAAAUAUUGUAAACAGUCUUUAAACAUAGAAAACUAUUUCAAACAUCAAAACGUAUUAAACUUCUAAUAUUAAAAAUGAACUCCUGUAACAAAACAUGCACAAACUCUCCUAUUGCUUUUUGUGCUCUCAUUUAUAUUUAGUCUUCCACUGUAUCUCAAUUUAGUAAAGAAUUUCACAAUAAAAUCUCUUAAUUUAUCAUACUCAAAAUCAUAUAAAAUAUUCAUAUUUGUAAAUACAAAGUAAUCAUAAUAUCUACAUACUGUACAGAACAUAGAAGGUAAGACUUUAAGCCAAUGGUGUCUAUAUCAACUUUUGGAAGAAAGGGGCAAUGGAGUUAAAAGAUGGUGUAGUACAAUAUACAAUUACCCUCCAAUAAAAAGCAGAAAAUACUUUGUUUCCAUUAAAAACUGAAGCAUGGUGUCUGCACAUCAACUUAGUGUUAACUCUUAUAGGGCAUGCCAGAAUUAGCUCAGACUGUAAAAUAUUUGGCAUUUUACAUUGUUAAUAAAAUUUUUUAAUUAAACU